GAAACAUGGCGGCUAGUAGACAUUUCUGUCGCUUUAAAAUGUUAAUAAAAAUCUCUCACCAGUGAUAAUGAUAAUUUGAAGGUGAAGCAUAAGUUAAUAGCAAGUGUUUCUUACAAUAAAAGUGUUUCUGUAGUUUUAAUGUUUAUAAUAAUAGUGUAGUGAUCAUCAGCCGACUUUUAUUUUUGGGUGGAUAUUAAAUUAAUUAAGAACGGAUUCAAAAUGGUGGUCGGAGAGGCAAUAAACAAUAUCAUGGGCGGUAUAGAAAAUACUGGCAGCGUGAAACAACAUAAUCAUAAAAAGAAAUUAAGACAAAGGUUUGAUAUUAUAAAGAAACUGGGACAGGGUACAUUCGGCAAAGUACAAUUAGGAAUAAACAAAGAGACUGGUCAAGAAGUAGCAAUAAAAACAAUAAAAAAAUCAAAAAUAGAGUCUGAUGCAGAUUUAAUCAGAAUUCGUAGAGAGAUUCAAAUUAUGUCUUCUGUACAACAUCCAAAUAUCAUUCAUAUUUAUGAAGUGUUUGAAAAUAGAGAAAAAAUGGUACUAGUUAUGGAAUACGCCGCAGGCGGGGAAUUAUACGAUUAUUUAUCGGAGAGGAAAGUACUGGACGAAGAGGAAGCAAGACGCAUAUUUCGACAGAUCGCUACGGCAUGUUAUUACUGCCACAAACACAAAAUAUGUCACCGUGAUUUAAAGUUAGAGAACAUAUUACUAGAUGAGAAUAAUAAUGCAAAGAUAGCGGAUUUUGGUCUUUCCAACGUUUUCGAUGACCAACGAUUAUUAAACACGUUUUGUGGAUCCCCAUUGUACGCCUCCCCAGAAAUAGUCAAGGGAACCCCCUACCACGGACCGGAGGUAGAUUGUUGGUCCUUGGGCGUCCUUCUUUACACGCUCGUUUACGGUGCUAUGCCUUUCGACGGAAGCAACUUCAAAAGGCUGGUCAAGCAGAUAUCCCAGGGAGAUUAUUUCGAACCCACCAAACCCAGCCCCGCUUCUCCUUUAAUAAGGGAGAUGUUAACGGUAAAUCCUAAGAACCGCGCUGGUAUAGAAAAGAUUUGCACCCACUGGUGGGUCAACGAGGGAUACAACGACAGCUGUUUGGAUAUAUCGGAAGAGCUAGCCAAUCAGACACCGGUGAGGUUAGACGUGUUGCUGUCUUUGGCGCCUCCAGCUCCACAGCUGGAAAGCGAUAAACUCAUGGUAACGGGAGAUGAAGACGCUAAGAUCGAGCCGAUGGCGCCGGCGAGAUCCCAAUCCGUUGGUAGUUUGAUGGAGUUGGGUCAUCCGGCCGAAAGGAGAAUUAUAGACUUGAUCAACGAAGAUAAAGUAACUCCUAAGAGAAAACUGGAAACGACAGUGAGCACCGACAGAGCGAACCUCGACAAAAGAAAAGAAAAGAUAGUGAAGGAGACCACGGUCGCAGAUAUAACGGUACAUGGUGCGGUGAAAGACGUAUCGACGGAGGAUGCCAGUAUGAGCGAAGCGGUACCCUUGAACAAAAGUUUAACCCAGACGUUGUCGAGGGAAAUGGAUGUCGAACAGACGGAAGUGACCGUCGAUCCGUCGCUACAAGGCGCUGCAUGUUCGGAGAUCAUAGAAGAGUCCGAGAAAAAGAAACAAUCCAAACUUAAGAAAACUCUGUCGACCAGCGUUAGUAAUAAAAUUUUGGAAGGUAUUAGCGAGAUACCGAGCCAAGAGAAUGUCGCUUCGAACGUCGAUAAAGAGAACAUAGGAAAAACCGCCAAAGAAGUUCAAAAACCUUUGGAAAAGGAAGAAAAAGCCGAAGCCAAGCCAGUCAAAAAGAAGGUCGUCAAGAAAAAAGUCUUGGCAGAUAAAAAUGAAAACGUCAAGUCGGAAACACCGGCGCCUCAACCCGAAGAAAAACCUAAAGAAAAGGAACCUGACAAGAAGGAAGAGGAAGCUGAAACUCCAACUAAGCCCAUAGAGAGAAGGAAAUCAAGGAUAUUCGAGGCGGCGGAGAAAUUCCAGAACAUGAUGGCCCCGCCGGAAAGCAAACCGAUGCUUAUCGAGAAGCCAAAGAAAGUGAUAAUCCCCGGCGUGAGCGUGGACGGUUACAAGAAGGAGUUCGAACGAAAGGCCAGCUUGACCUCCACUUCACCGCCACGAUUAAAGGGCGCCUUGUCCAAAAAGAACUCGCUCGAUAAGAAAGCCGAAGAGGAAGCCGUCGUGAAAGACCGAACCGACAAGGACACCAAACCCGAAACUAAAAAGACUGACGAGGGCGAAAUGAAAGAACGCGUCAAAAACGCCGUAAGUAUUAUCUCAAGUGCCUUAGAGAAAGAGGGAACGAGGAAGUCGAAAUCCAGACCUUGCGUGAGGAAGCCUCCCGUACCGUUCGGGACGAGCGGUCGUUCGGCUUCCGGCAAUAUCCCUAUGAUAUCGUCGCCCUCCGGGGGACAGAAACCGUUCGUGAAGCCCGUGUUCGACAAACCGGAGGUCAAACAGGUCUUGGAUCAGCCGGAGCCGCCUGUCGAGGAGAGUAAGACCUCCUCGGCGGAGAUCACCUUCAAAUCCGCCACUCUGCCGAGGAAGAAGACUAAAGCUGAAAUACAACUGAAUUUCCCUAUGCCUAAACCCACGACGAUGGGAUUUAAGACUGAAAUGGCUCAUAACGUUCAGGCGGGUCCUACGCAAAGGAGCGAGGUCAUAGUUCCCGUAGCCGCAGCUGCGAGAUCAAGUGCCACAGAAGCCGACAAACUACAAAAACGUUCUUCCAAGGAACGAAUGAUACCAAUAGCUUUCGAAGAGGGUAACCGCGAAGAAGUUCAGUCGCCUCCCACAAAACCGCCGACACCGAAAGCUUUUCAAACUCAGAUAUCGAACAGCUCACAAAGAAACAGCCUGUCGAGGCAGUCUACCCAAGAAUCUGACAGCGAAACCGCCGGUUCCACCGGCGAGCCUAUAAAGAAGUCACCCCGUGAAUAUAUAAUACCCAUCGCGGUGGAAGGAGGAGGCUACGUGACGCCGAGGGCUGGCAGUUUGGAACCCAGCGAUACCGCCAGUACUACUAGUACCAUGACGAAUAGGAGUAAGUCGAGGUUCGGAAGAAAUAGGAAAAUGGGUUCCCUCUUCAGCGACAGAGAUUCAGAGGACGAAUCGUCCCCGUUCUCUACCCUACACCGUCACGGCUCCAUAGGCAAGGACAGCGACAACGAAGAUUCUAAGAGCGCUUUCCACAUGCAUCGACUUAGGAGUACCCGUCCCAAGAGGAGUACCCUGGAGCACAAUGAUUCCGUGAGUUCGGGCGAGGAGGACGACGAUGAAGGCUUUGAGUUAUUAACUGCGGAAAACUUGUUCUCUACGCUUUUAUCGAGGGUGCGGGAUCUCACGCAGAGGCUGAACGUCGACGAUGGAGUAAGACCUGGGUUUCCUAGCAGUCGUCUACUAAGCCAUUUCGACACCGGAACAAAUUUCUGGAACAGGAUGGAGCAUCCUUUGACAAGGCAUUCGUCCCUAGGCAGAAUGCUCAGCCGCGACAGGCCCGUCAUCACGAACAGCUCUACAGGCAGCAGCUUCGGCGUGCCUUGGAGGAGGAGCGUGAGUCGAGACUUGGCGUCGGACAUCGACAGCGUCUUUAAGAAUACAAAUUCCAGCGGACAGCGCCCGACGGGAGAUGAUGUGUCAGAAAAGGAAAACCUUAAUUUAGCAGACCUCGAUUUAAAAAAAUUGAAACUCUCCGACGAAGACGCCUUGGCUUUGUCAUACUUAACACCAGGCUUAUCGAGGAGAAUUCAAAAACAGUUGCUUUCACAGUUAGCCCCGUCUGAAGUAAGGAAAUUACAGAGAACGUUAUCGUCUCGCACCUCCGAUGAGUCAGUGAAACCAUCAAAGUCUAUAAAAUCUUUAGAGAGAAUGUCGUCGACCCUACCGAGACGUCUGUCUCUCGAAACUAACCGUAAUUCUAUUAGCAGAGACGACAGUGCAAAGAAGAACGAAUUAAAUCGAUCAAAAGAAUCAAAUAUAAAAUCCCCAAAGUCCUUUUUGCCAAUUAAAAACAGUCGAGAGGAGUAUACGCCUUCUUACGAAUUUAACAUAAGAUCAUCGAGCAUUGGUUCUGAACCUAGAGGCGAUAAUAAAUUCGCUUUUCGCAGACCUAAAAUAACGAAAUCGCUGUCAGUAAGGGAGCCCAAGGGGUACAUCCCCAAAUGUGACAUACAAAGCCCCGAAUCUAGUUUAUCGGAAAGCCUGUCAUCUUCAUACCGAAACGCGGCGGAUAGCAUCGACAGUAGUUCAAAAGGUCUCUCGGACUCGUCGGUUUCACGACCCUAUUCGAAAUAUUCCUCAGACUCUUCUUACAGCAGAUAUUCACCGAACAAAUCUUAUGAUUCUACACCGUCUUUCAUACCAAGUUCGACAGACACUAAUAAGACUGAUAUAAAAAGACCGUCCAGUACCACUCGGAGGGUGUCUCGAUUUUUAAGGCCGGACUUUUUCGAAGCCCCCAAAGAAGAAAAUGUCUACUUAAAAGAGAAAAAAGAAAGAGAAAUGGAGACGCAGAAGGUGCUCAAGGAGAUUAGAGAUAAAAGAAAAGGUAGACUAAACCUCCGCCGGGAAAGAUCGGCUUCGAGGGAACAACAACCGUUAACCGAUCAAAUUAAGGACGAGUCCGUGAAAGAAACCGAGAAUUUGCUCAGCAACAUUUCCAACAGUAUUAAAAAUUUAGAGGACAACGUUAAAAAUAUCCACGAUUACGUAAAUGUCUCGGUACCCCAAAAUUCGAACACGAAAAUUAAAGAACCCGCCCCGAAAAGUGCACAGAAUAACGAUUACGUUAAUACGGCGAAAGUUUUGCAUGAUUACGUAAAUGUGAAAGCUGCUGCUGAAAAUACGACUCCUACAUUGAAGAAGGAAAAGGUUUCACGAAUCGCGCGACCUAAAAGCUACCCUUCGGAUAAUGUAGGCAAAGAAAAGUCUGAUCUUAUACAGAAAGAGAAACCGCAAGAGUCCCCAGAGAAAGAAUCGAAAAUAACUAAGUUACGCAAAGGCUUCAAUCGACACUCGAAAGAGAAAACAAAGGAAGAUAAAAACUUAACAAACAAGAAUAUUAAUGAAGAGGAUAAGGGACAUAAGAAUAAGUUGUUGCAAUCCAUUGAAAAGAAGUUGGAGAAGUUCCGUUCUACGAAUAACGCAACUAACAAGAAUCCUGAGGAAAUUAAAGCCCUUCAAGAAAAAAAAUCGUCUGUAGAAAGUGCGAUAAAGCGGUUACGUGAACAAAGUCUGCCGAGAAACCUAGAACCCUGCACAGAAUCCGGUCUGAUAAAGAGAGCUGUGUCCGUCGAAGACAUAUCAUCCGGUUCGAAACCAUUGCAGGCGUCUAGAAAAUCUGUCACAAAAAUUCUGGGGUUGUUUAAGAAAUACGAGGAGCAAGACAACAAACAAAAAGAGAAGGUCUUGAAGAAGAGCAAGAAUAAAGAAAACGGGAAGAACAAGAGUAACGAAAAAGAAGGUGAUAAAACUAACGAGACUGUGAUUUUAAAUAACGACGAUGUUAAGAAAGUCAAUUCUAAAGAAACGAAUUCAAGUGCUAAAAUCGAAGCUCCGCAAACCGACUCGGAAAAGGAGCGGCCUCGUUCUUUACUCCUCGACAAAGUGAAGCAUUUCCAAAAUGUAUACAAUGGUGCUAAAAGUGAUACUGUUUUAAACAAUGAAAAAGAUAAAGAGUCAAAAGUUAAAUCAAAACUACCCGUAAACUCCUUUAGACGUAGCUUAAAUCUAGAUAACUUACCCGAACCCCCGAAGUUCUCCAAAAAUUCCAGCAAGGGCAACGUGUCCGAUAACAAUCCUGAACAACGACCCGACAGGAAGAGCCUUAAAUUAGACUUCUCCGAAAUCCCCUGCAAUACCAAACCCUUGGUAGUAAUAGACACCGUAGAUACAGAAAACAAAGCGGAGAACCGGAAUUCCCUCACCACCGACGAAAGUUCGACGAUGUUAUCGCCCGGCGAGGAUUAUUUGAGUUGCGACUCGUGGUCGGUGUGUUCGGAUUUCCACCACACGAACGACUUAACUUCGCCUGUAUCUCCCAACGGUCAUGUUUAUUCGGGUGACGAAAAUGAAUCCGUUAUCGACAGAAUCCGUAGGAAAAGUUUCUACACGAGAUUCAACGAGAAAAAGAGGCCAAGGAGACCCAGCGCUACCCACAACUACAAAGAUCUCGAUUUAAGCUAUAGGUCGCCGACGGAUUACUGCUCAUUAGAUCGUAGAACGUACGAUUACAGAUCUCCGCGUAGAUCAAGCUACACGUCUUCUAUACCGGAACCCGCCGGUAAGGAUUACAAAUACAGCAGGAGCUCGUCGCUGUUGAACGAUUACGUUAACGUGCCUAAUCGUUAUCAGACUUACAGUUCGAAAAUUGGUAGGCCUGCGUCUUGUAUUUAUUCUGAUUCUGAAGAUAACACUUUGGAUGACUUGCUCUCAACUGCUAAAUCUAGAAAAUACAGUCCUCACGUUCAAACAUCCAGAUUAGGUAGAACAUCUGUCUCACCUGUUAAUGAAUAUUACCUUGAUCGGCCUUCAUCUUCCAUUGCAUCUCCUACCAGUUCAGAACCAAUAUAAUUUCAGACGUUAAGUUUUAAGUGUACUCUCAUGACAUUACGAUAUUGUUUCGACUUUUGACUUUUAUAUUUUUAUUAUUAUUAUUAAACUAAAGGGACGAGCAAAGUUAAAGGGUAUUGUGCUCAAUUUGCAAACUAUAUGUACAAGACAAUUAUAAUACAAGUGUAUACAAAAGGAAACUACAAAAAGGGCAAAUGAAUUUAUUUCAAAAGAACUAGAUCGGUUUGCAGGCUGCCAAGCAAUUGUUUAUGAUUCAUUGAUUUCGGGGCUGGUUGCUACGUCGGUUUAGGUUUCUUGACAUUUCGCUUGACAUAUCGCUGUGUUAUCGAUAUGUCUGUCGGAACUUCAAGAAGUAUAAACGAUGGUGUGGGAACCGGCACGGGAAUUGUUUAAUAGCCGAAAAACUAGACGUCAUAUCAAGUUAUUAUUAAAUCGUAUUGUCUGUUUAAUUGAGGUUUAUUCAUAUAAAUAGCUUUUUAAAGAGAACUUUAGUUAUUUUUCUCAUAAUUAUAACCCUAUAAAUAAUCAUUUGGUAACAGAAGUAAUGAGUAUUUUUCGUUUCUAUUAUCUAAAAGUUAAAUUAAAAAUUGUAUACUUUAUUUCCUUAAUACUCAUUUUCAAUUAUCUAAUGAUUCGACUAUAGAAGUAAUGUAGAUGACAUGUAUUUAUUUAUAUGUAAAUGUUGUUUGCUUUUUUUUAAUUUAUUUUAUCCAUUUCAGUUUUUUUUCUAGAG